GCGCAAUGUAGCAUUUCCCGACUGGGAUGGGCGCGUGGACGUGCUUGGCGAUCGCGGAUGCGGCGCACGCGGGCUCCAUGGGCCUCUACCGCGUCAAUAGCAACGGCAACGUCGAGUGCCAGCGCCACUCGCUCGACGCCGACGAGAACCACUGCUACUGGAUCGCCAACGUGGCGUCCUACUGCGCCUGGUACAAUGCCAACCCAACCGGGUAUACGAUCGAGUGCACCGACUACAGCAGCCCGAGCAGCUACUGCUACAAGCACCAGGACCCGCACCAGGACCCGCACCAGGGCCGACACAAGGACCAGCGCCAGGACCAGCGCCAGGACCAGCGCCCGGACCAGCGCCAGGUCCAGGGCCCGAGCCUGCGCCUGGACCUGCACCGGGACCUGCGCCUGCGCCGAACCCGACACCUGAAUCCAGCGCCGACCAUGACACCCAACGCUGGCGGCGCAACGACCAAGCCCACGCCUGGUAGCGAUCACUCGCUAGCGCCGCCCAAGGACUCACAGACCGGCGCGCCACUGGUUCCGCUUCUGCUCGCGACGAACGAGUGGAGCUGCUUGAAGAACGCCGACUCGAAGCUGUUUACGCCAGCGCGCAUUGACCCAGACCUCGGGCAGCUCGAGUGCUUGUCCGUGACGACCGCGCCACGCGAUGUGUGCGCGUACAGCGCCGACGCUGCGACGUGCGCGCAGUGGCUCUUGAGCGUCCACAGUUGCUGGCUCAGCGACUCCAAGACGGCACUGCGCUCCGACGCCACUUGCCCGCGCAUCAUUCUCGUCCCAUCGAGCCCCACAUCUGCGAUCCAUGGCCCGAGCGAUUCGUCGUCAAGCCCGAACGUGAGCUGGUUCGUCGUCGCCGCCGCCAGCGUCGCUGUCGUUGCGCUCGUUUUGGUCGUCGUCUGGUACCGUCGGCGGCAGGCCAACUGGGCCAAGGCCGAGGAGUCGCCCAACGCGUCUUACAUGUUCUGUUGGACCGACAAGGCGCCACCGAAGGCCAUGAUGGACCUUCCGAAGACCAACAGUCUCGGCAGCGACGAUGACGUUGUCGGCGGCCAGCUCAACAUGGGCGACCUCGUGCUCUGGCGUCUCGACGAAGCCAAGCUCGAGACAUCGCGCGUGCUCAGCGUCGGCGCGUACGGUGUCGUGUCGCUCGGAACGUACCAAGGAUCGCCCGUCGCCAUCAAGCAGCUCGCGGGCGAAAAGUCGACAGCGACCGUCCAAGCCUUCAUCGACGAGAUCCGGCUCAUGACCACGCUCGAGAGCAAGUACAUUGUGCGCUUGCUCGGCUGCGCGUGGGUGCGCCCGCGCGACAUCCAGCUCAUCGUCGAGUUCAUGGACCACGGCGACCUCCGCCAGCUCCUCGCGGUCUCGCCGUCGAUCUCGUGGCGCGUCAAGGUGCAGCUGGCGCGCGACAUGGUCCAAGGCCUUGUCUACCUUCACUCGAUGGACAUAAUCCACCGCGACAUCAAAUCCCGCAACGUGCUGCUGCACACCGAAGCGCACAUGCUGCGCGCCAAGCUCACGGACUUUGGCAUCUCGCGUAUCGUCGACGUCGACAUGACGGCGCGGGUCGGGACGUUUCGAUGGACCGCGCCCGAAGUGCUGGAAGGCAGCGCGUACAGCCUCGCCGCCGACGUCUACUCGCUCGGGAUGGUGCUCUGGGAACUCGAGACGCACGCCAUUCCCUUUGGCAACGUCCAAAACGGCUGGAAUGAGUACCAGUGGAUCGAGGCGCUCAAGGCCGGCAGCGUCCGCCCCGAGUGCUCACCAACGUGUCCGCUAGCCGAUGUCAUUCACCAGUGCACGCAGUAUACCCCAAGUGCCCGCCCGACGGCCCUAGCCCUCGGCACGAUGCUCGACAACAUUGCACUGCGAUCGUCGGCCGACUAACCCCAGCCCUAUUU